ACUUUUCAAGUCGCAGCGUUCUCCUCAGCUAACUCUUCAACCGUACCAGCAUGGGCAACCCGCAGUGUUUGAAUCUUGCCAAGAGCGUCCUUCUCAAGCGUCUCGAGCGCCAGCGCUUUGACUCGGCCGACUGGGCCAUGAACCUCCCCGUGAGCCGCGAACAAGGUGACGCCGACGCGUCGAGUACGGUGCACGAGACCGACUCCAAGACGAGUACGGCCGCCUCGUCGCCGGUGGCGCAGCGCGUCAAGCCGUAAAGCUACCGUCG